GAAGCCAAUUGAUUUAAAUUAGAAAAAAACGUAAAGUAGUUCAUAAUUACCUCUGCAAAUUUUUAUCAUUAUCAAGCGUUUGUAACUAAUUAUAAAUUGUAUGGAAAUCCAUGGGUGCCUAUAUAGAAGCUCACUUUGAAGUAUACUUUAGUGAACCACCGGCCAAAAUGAUUGGUGGAAUAUUCGUUUUAUCCCUCUUCGCUUUUGCGUAUGCUCAAGUGCCGUACGCAGAUUUCGCAGACAAAAUCGACGAUGCUGUGAAACAACUGGAAGAUCAAAUACUAUCUAUGGCUGGUAAUAUUCCAAACAUCACCGAUUCUAGAAGACACUACGCCGUUCUGUUGACUCAUAUAGCUCUAGUUGCUGCUUCAAUGGCGGCCGACGGCGGGCACGCCGAAUAAAGAUUGCAGUCAACUGAUUGAUCAAGCUGUGAAAGAUGACCCUUCAAAAUACGAAAUGCAAGCUGAAAUGACGUUCGUUGCUGGCACGGUAGCUGUAGAAUUACUUAAAGCAGACUUCAUAACAGUCGCCAAACAUCACGAUGAAAUGGACUAUUUACUUUCCAACAUGGAUGCUCUCACGGAUUUGGUUUUAAGCUUGGAAGACUUCUUUUUAUUAAUUCUCAGGAGACCACGUAAUGCGUAAUUAUGGUUUAUGAAAAAUUAAAAGCUUGUGGAAGAUGA